CACUUGUGAUUGAUCUCCGGCAUUGAUGCAUCCCAACCCAGAAGAGAAAGGCCAGUAUGAUGAAUAAUCGGACAACGGUGCUUGACCGAACAAGACUGCGACGCCCUAGAUACGAAGCUUCCACCAACAAACUUAUGUUACAAGGUACAAUUAUUCUCGUAAGAUUUCGAAUAAUCUAAAGACAAUGGAGGAAGCAAUAGAAAAUUAAAAAAAAAUGAUUUACGGCAAUUAUGAGUUAGAUUGAUGAAGGUUCCUUACGUAGUGAUUUUAUUGAAUCUUACCCCUUCAUCGACACGGCGGCCUUCGAAUGAUCUGCUGAUGAUCAUAAAGCAAAAAUAAGAAACAGCUAGCGCGAGCGAGCUCAAUUUCUGUGCGACUGCAUGUGCAUCAUCAUCAUGCUGUUUCUAUACUCCUCUCUCCAGGGGUUCUAAACUUAAAACUUCUAUGGAAGAAUUUCGUCUAAGGUGUGUACUCAACAAAUUAAUAAGUGAUUAAAGUCUAAAUAAAAAUCACAUCUUUCUUAAAUGAAAUAAGCGCACUCAAAACGAACAUUUACGUAAAAAAAUAUAAUUUGAUUCAGUAACCCUGCAAGGCUGAGCAUAUCAUAUACAGUUCGAGUCAAAACUGAAGCAACGACAACGUUUUAAUAUUUUGUUUUUAAUAUCACAAACAACAUACCAAUCACAGUACAUCACUAAAAUUUUAAGAAAAUGGUUAUAAAUUUACUUCGCUCAACUUCCAAAACUACUCAGAUGACUGGAACUGUUACCAUGUACAGAAAGAAACUGUCCAUCAUCAAAGGACCGCUUGCUGCCUAUUCGCGCACCACACUGUGCUCGCUCUCUUUCAUUCUUCGAUUCUGUACACUCUCCCGUUAUGUCGCGAGAGACAAACAAGAUUCGCGACGUACGACGACGAGCGCCAGUCGUUAUGGUGGAACCACGCGCAUAUGACCGCCUUUCACAGCCAUAAAGUACUCUAGUGAAGAACGUGGGAAAAAUUAUGUUUACUAAUCGUGUGCGUUCGAUGUUUUAAUGUGCCGCGCUUCGGGAAUAGUUUAGUAGCUCUCCCGCAAAUCACAGCAGUAAGUUGUUGAAGUAAAAGAAUGUGUCCCUCCAAGUGCAACUACCUGUUACAGUGAGCUAGUGAAUAUCGGGAUGUACAUUCCAAGAAAGCAGAGAAAAAGUUUAAGUGUGCCCCCAACUCUUCCCAAUGUUGGCCGGAUGUGUGAUACGAUCACCCUGCUAGACGAGUGUUGAACAAGUGGUGGUCCCGGUGUCGGCGGUGUUCGCCAUGUUUCGAAAGACCGUGAUCGGCAAACUGUGCUAGAAUGUGAUAGCGUGGUCUGUGUUCAGUUGUGUUCCCGUGGCACCAGUUACAUAGUUGUCCCCAAACACGCUCUCUCUCUCCCUCUUCCGCACCCUAAACACUCGCUUCCUUUCGGCACAUUGGUCGGUGUUGGUCCGGAUGCGCCGCUAAGGCGCGCGACCCGUCAUCUCGUCAACCCGUCACACGUCCAUGCGCCCGGGAAAGCACGGUCGGUGUUAUAAAUAGUGCAUAAUUGGUUUAGAGCUUCCGAGCAAACUAACGGGCGCGGACUAAAAAUAGAAGGUCCGCGCACUUCCUGCCGGCUGCUGGAAAGCGGCCGUUUGACGUUACGCGCACGGUACGUCAUCAGAGCCGCCAGCAAACAACCGUACAGAAAAUGGAUUGUUGCAGCAGUAGCAGCUACGGCGACUACAGACAUCACUCGAUGAACGGCAACGCGUUCUGCUACCCGUACUCGCCCAACAUGCUGCGCAGUGCGUCCCCGUACCCGUUGGCCACCGGCGCCCGAUACGGUUCCACGGACUAUCGAUCUUCUCCGCUCGGUGGCUAUCACCAUCAUCACGGUGGUGGGUAUGAUGGUGGUGCCGGGUAUGACAAGUACUACGGUAGCUACCAUCACGCAUCGGCAUCAAGUUAUCAGGCCGGUUACUAUGGUAACUACCCGACGUCCUACCGUGACUAUGGAAGCUACGGACACUACUACCACCAGUCCCAGUCACCGUACGCACGUGGUGGAGGUUCGGGUGGACCGGCGGGAUCGCACGGGUACGGUGGAGCGUCAUCGUCCGGUGGUAGCUACCUAUACCCGGGCCGCCAUUAUCCAGCGUCCUCACUAGCUCAUCCAGCUUUCGGUUCGGCCCGCGAAUCCGCUUACUAUCACGCCCAGCGUGAACAGCACCAUCACCAGCAGCAGCAACAGCAGUAUUCGAGCUUCGCUAACUACGGCCACCUACCAACUCCGUACCGUAACGGAGUGGGCCCCGGUGAGCAUCCUGGUGGAAAAUCGCAUCAGCCAUCACAGCAACCGUAUCCGCCACAGCAAACCUUCGCCGGAAGUCACAACGAGCGGGGGAUGUCGGCGAGUGGUGAGAGUCAAACCAUCUCGGCAGGCCAUCCAUCGCCCCCCAACUCGACCUUGUUCGGUGCGCAGAAUGGCUACUCGUCGCCGAGACCCGAUUACACGCCGCUGCCAACUUCAUCCUACAGUUCGGGUGAUAGCCCGCAGCAUCCCCUAGCGGGCCAGCAGGCGGAUGCGGACGAGGGCGAUGGUCCACCAACAACACCCACACCAUCGACGGCUUUGCUCGGUGCAACAGCAGCAGAGUUCCCGCACGGCACAAAGGACAACCGUAUGCGAAAGCCCAAGGAGCGUAAGCUGCAUCGGGGGUACGGUGGAGGCGGUGGCAGCAGUGGCCGUAGUAGCCGUGCCAGCAGUCCCGCUGCAGUGAACGGGUUAAGCGGGAGCAAUGGUGCAGCUGCAGCGACAAGGAUGAAAUCACUGGAUGCACUUACAAACUUGUGCUGGCCUGAAGAAGAUCAGUUUCCCGGACGAAUGAGAAAAUACUCAACUGCCAACGGAUUGAAGGCUAAGGAUGGAAGUAACGGUAGAAAGGAAAGCAACGAAUUGGAAACGGCCGGCACAGCGUCCCCCAGCCGUACCGCGGGUCCUGCCAGACGCACGAAAAAGCAGACACCUUCCGGCGGCAGGCAAUCGAAGGAAACGAAAUCAGCCGCCGAAAGUAGAGAGAAACAAACAAACGGAGCUUCACCACCGACGACCGCACCGGCGGUAGAAAACAAAAACAUCACACCAUUGCCGGGAUUCCAGCAAGCGUUCGGCUCGACGGAAAUUGGCAAAUUCUCGGAGGUGUUCUUCAACAGUAGUCCUACGUCUGGUAACAGCCAUAGCCCGCCAGACCUUAGCCAUCACCAUCAUCAUCAUCAUCCGCUGCAGCUCCAGGAGCAUCAGCAGCAACAAACCCAACAGUCCCAGCCGGUACCUUCCCAGUCGAAUGGUACGAUGCAGCAGCUCGUGAUGGAAUCGCUCAAUGCGUACGAAUCGGACGUGGACACGCUUAGUCCGUCCCAGGCAUGGGAUUCCAGCGGGCCUGGCCCCGGUGGUGGUGGUGGGGGAGGAGGAGAUCCGGGAUACAAUCUGCCGAUCGGUACCACCUUCCAUCCGUCGUACUACGAAUCGUCAUCCUACUCCGACCAUGCCGUCGAUUCGCCGCUGGGCAACUAUUUCAGCGAAAUGACAUGCAACGAGUUUGUGAACUAAGGAGAAAUUGAUUGGCCAGGCAGCUACACAGGAACAGGUCUAGUCUAGUCGCAAAAUGCUAGGGUAUAGAUAUGAGACGUUUCAUGGGAAAACACGCAAAGACUCUCCCCAAAACACUCAAAAUCAAUCAAAAAUGGUUUUAUGCCAAAGGCAACUCAAUUCAGCGUUUAAGGAGCAUCUUCAUUCUUCGGGGUCGCGAGACGGUUGAUGGGAGUGUAACCGUAGGUUCUGUCUGUUCCAGACAAGCGUGGAGGGAGAUGGCAGGAGAUUCAAACUCGAAACGUUAUCGAUUUAUUUAUAUAGAAAAAAGGCAACCAAACUGAAAACCAAAACCAACUGCAGAGUGAAAUGAUGCAAGCCAAAGUUAGUUAAAAUUCUUGCGUAAGUUGAUAAUAAGCUGUAAGAUGAUUAGGUGACGUGUGUUGGUUGGCUGUUGUACAUAUUCAAGGACUCCCGACAUUCCGUACUUUUCAUUCCGUGGGGCUUCAGUUCGGAGGUUGGGCCCGAAAGCUCAACGAGAGCUAAGAAGAGAGCUCUAAGACGCCAUUACGUGUACAAGCGCUGGUUUCUCUAUUAGACGAUUAUUCAGUUUUCUUUUGUUGGGGUAUCGCAUAACACAACGAUCAAAUAGCUCAACCAAUCGAAACGUAGACAGGCGAGAAGGAAGGAACAAGAAAGAGCAGAUCGCAAACUCAUCCAACCAUUGAAAAUGCACUGUUUAACGCAGGUGGAAAACAAUCCAGAUGGAUUGCCUGCCUGUUGCGCGCUUUGGACGCCAUACUUAUUCCGAUUUCUUCAGGUAAACUUCAAGUUUCUUGUGCCCUCUCGAUAAGCGCCACACACAGUUUAGGGCACACAGGUUCAGGCAGGUCCGUUGAGCGAUAGGUGGUUAGCAGAUUAAAAAGCUUAUUUUCUCUAUUUUGCGCUACUUGUUGGUGCGCGAACGAUAGUUAGUAGAGGCACGAAGAUACGAACUUCACUAUUGCACGGUCAGUUCGACUUCUCAGUUUGUUUUUCGGUACUUAGAAGCGCAAACUCUGUCUGCCACAGUCAGGCAGAGCUUCGUUCCCUGGACACGUUGUUUUGUUUUGUAUUUCGAAACCAAAAUUAAAGACAAACAAAGAAUCUAACGGUGCCUUACUAACAAGUCAACUUACGUCUAUACAAAACAGCAUAGCAAACUAAACGGCAUAGUUUUAAUUACGUUUUAGAGGGAUUUUGUUUGUUUGUUAUGAUCUCGAAGGACAAAAGAAGUAAACGAUAAACCGUCGAUCCAGAUUUUUCGUUUCCUUAGAUUUAUACUAGGAACCUCCGGAUGUAAAUGACCGACCUGUAAGAGGUUUUUUUUACCAGUUAUAAGUUGCUAAUCACUUCUUUUGAAGAAGCAGAAGAAAAAAAAAAUCACACAAAAAAACCCAACGGUUCAACUUCUUCCGUUCCGAGGAACUUCUUCCGAUAUUAGUUGACUACGCGGUAAUGUCGGUAGUAUGGUUUUAACACGACACCAUAUACAUAUAAAUACCAAAGGCGAAUUUGUAUACAUUAGCAGAUUUUUUGAAUGUUUUAAUAAUAUACGGUGCCCCGUCACGCUCGCCCAUUUUUCCCGGAGUUUCCCGGCAGAUGGACGGUGAUACCGUGCAGAACGCCGGUAGAGCACCCAAAUACGAGCGGUCCCAGGCAGGGAAGCAGAAUCUCAUUUUAGAAAGUAAUUGCAUUAAAUUAAUGUUAAGUGUGCACAGUCUUGUUACGGUUUCGCAUACGGAUCUCUACACAAACAUACCAACAAGGUGAUACAGGUAGAAUUGGAAGAUUGUGGAAGGAUGCAGAUACCAGGGGAAAUGUUCCGAACACUUGUUACAUUGAAUAAACUUUCUUUUAUGCUUUUGGUUUUUUCCUUUCUCUUUUUCCAUUUCCAGCUGAUGGCUGGGUAAGUAAACAAACGUUUCAAACAUGCCCGUUGUGUACGAGGAUUCAGCUAGGUUUGUGUACAAAAAAUUACGGGAUUCCAAUUUUUAAAGUCAUCCCCGAUAUUCAAUAUCGAAAAGCGCAAAUUAACAAGCAGGAGAUAGGAAACAACCUAAAACAAAAAAAAAACGAAACCCCCGAUGGCCAACGUUCGGUGUAAUUGCUGGAACGCGUAAAACAAAUUUAAACAAAACGACAAACACAAGUAAACAAAUUAAAUUUCUUAUCCAAAAUUUUAAGCAUCUUUGUAUAAAAUCAAGAAGAAAACGAAAACAAACUAUAAAACCAAAAACGUGAAUAGAUUAGGACGGAAAAGAGAAUUAAGAAAGAAAGCGCAAAAACAAAACAAAAAAACAAUACAAACCCUUCCAUUCAAGGGAUACUGUUACGAUAUGUGAGGUACAUCAUGCAUACACACAAACAUUUUUUAUCUAUGUGAUAACACAAUCUUUUCCCUCCCCGCGUAUUACUAAAUUGGACAACUCUCGUCCAAGGAAAUGUACUUCCCGGGGCAGGGGUAAUCGACCGGAACACGCCCACCCGAUGGGGGAUUAGUAUGCAAUGAUUAGCAAAACGAACUAAACAAGCGAACGGCCAAAAACUGGCCACCGGUCCAUCAUCCCGGUCCGGUUGGUGUGUUUUUAAAACUCGUGUUUGAUGGAAGCAAGAAGCAAGUAGAACGAAGGAGAUGGAUCUCCCCCCAGAAGGUUCCAGAAGGGUGGGGAGGCAGGAGUAUUGUGGGACUGUUUUAAAAUAUCUAAUAUUGCCACCGGCCAACCAUGCCAUUCGUGAAAUGGGUGUGGAAACCCAUUAAACCCCCCCAAAACAACACACACAUUGCAUAAACAAAAGGGUGAAAAGAAGGUAGCAAAAGGUGUCGGAAGGAAGGAAGGGAGACAAACAAUUAAACAAACAAACAAACAAACAAUUCAAUCAAAAUCUAGUUAAUUGACGCGUUCAAUAAAUAAUAUUUUGUUGUGAAAAACUGCA